CGAAUGUUGUAGACUCCUUUCGUAAACCAUAGUGUAUGCCUGUAUUAGUUAACCUUGAGUGAUGUUGUCAUUUGUCAAAUUAAUUAAAUUAUAUUUUCCAACUGAAAAGCAUGUUAUUUUGUAUUAUUUAAAUAUCUACCUAUGUUCUAAUUUAAAACUAUUUUGUAACCCACAAUGUAUCCGACUGAAAAACUCUGUAUCCAGGUAGGGUUACCAUAUCUCAGCAUUUGUCCUGAGAUUUCAGGAUUUUUGGACUCUUCUCAGGAUUGCGGCUGGAUUUUGCAAAUCUCAUGAAAUCUCAGGAUUUUUUGAAUUUCCAAUAAAACACAGCUUACGUUUUAAAGAUCUCUUUAGCAAAAAGUUAAACAAACUAAAAAUAAUCUUCUUUUGGUAAUAAUUGCACAAUUAAAAUCAGUACUUUAUUAUCCAAGUCGGUACUUAAUCAGUUUUAUCAUACUUAAUAUCUGAAGAUACAUUUUUAAGUAAGGUUUUUUCUUUAAUUAUGGAUUCAUAUAAUGCCCCACAUGUUAAGCUCUUCAAAUUAUAUUGAUUUAAAAAUAUAAGCAGAGUAUAAACGAUAAUAUUACGACUUUAUUAAAUUGUAAAAAUUCUCAAACUGUAAAAAAUCUUAGGAUUUUUCAAUGGAAAUCAAGCCUUUUCUCCGGACUUUUGCUUUUAUCAUCUGGUAACCCUAUAUCCAGUUCAUGAAUAAAUUAAAAAAAAAUAUGUCUUGUUCUGUGGUUUUAUUUUCCUCGCGUCAGCAGUCAGGCUUUUGUUUGCAUUUUUUUAGAAUAAUUUAUUUUAAUUCAAGCAACCAAAGUAAGAUCUACAAUGCUUUUCACGCAAGCUUAGAAUAAUAACGCCGCUAGACUUGAUAAAUAAUCACAUGUUUUACAAGGUCGUGCAUUAAAGGCUAGGCUAUCCUUUAUUAUUGUGAAAUGUUUUGAGCUACAAGGUUAGAUUUCUUCAAAAAUGAUAAUAAAAUUUGGCUCUAUUAACAAUAAACUAGUCAAAAGACUUCUAGAGCAUGUAUUUUACUUGACCAUUGUAUUCAUGCUCAUACCAGGAUUCUUAUACUUUGAAAUUUGUGUUGUUAUACCAUCUGUUGUUCCACAGUGGACAGUGCCUCAUUAUAUACAUUUAUGCUCUGCUGUAUUUUUACUGUUAAAUAUUGUGGGCAACAUGAUAUAUGGUAUGUUCACAGAUACAAGUAUUAAGGGGCAUGUUCUUUAUAAGUACAACCAAAAAAACUGGACAUUGUGUACAAUUUGUGAAUGCUUGAGGCCUCACCGUGCAUGGCACUGUGAUAUUUGUAAUACCUGCAUACUGAAAAGAGAUCACCACUGUACAUUUUUUGCAUGUUGCGUUGGUUAUUACAAUCAUAGGUAUUUCAUGUUAUUCACAAUGUAUAUUUUUAUAGCAAUGGUUUACUCCUUCUAUUUUAAUGUUAAGUUUGUAGCACAAUUUUUGACAUGGAAUCAUGGUCUAAUUAUUGCUAAGUUUGUUUUGCCAAUUGUAAGUGUUGUAAUUGACUCUGGAAGUGAAAGUCUAUAUGUGUUCCUAGUUGUGAUAAAUAUUAUUGUAGGUUUGUUUACUGGUUUUCUAUUUUUCUAUCAUUUCAAUAAUAUUUUGAAAGGUAAAAUAGUACAUGAAACGAAACAUAGUAUUAAAGAUUCCCAUUAUGAUAAAGGCUGGAGAUCAAAUUUAAUAGAAGUUUUUGGCAGUAAAUGGUACUUGACAUGGUUUUUACCAUUUAUUCAUAGUCCUUUGCCUGGUAAUGGUAUAGAAUGGGAUAUACCUGAUAAUAAACACAAAUAGUAAUAUUUACAAUUAAGUUAUUAUCAGAGUGCCUUUACAGUACAUAUUUUUUAUAUAGAUACACAUUGUGUACUUUAUAGAUUGUUAGUGGACAACAUUUUAUGUAUUUCAAAAUUGACACUUGUACUAAUAAAUAUUCUUAUAUCCUUAUUAUUAAUUCUCUUCUUGGUUUGUUUGUUCGUUCCUAUGCCUAGCAUACUCACCAUUGAAUUCUAGUAGUGAAUGCCAAAAAUGAUUAUCAGAUAGUGAUGAAUAAAGACUGGAUUAAUAUGCAACAUAAAAAUCCCAAAGUAUGCACUUUUGUGCUUUUAUAUGCAAAAGUACUAGCUAAAAUAUGCACAAAAGUCUAUGAAGCAACCAAAACACGCAAUAUUAAAUAUAUCUUAAUUUUAAAUGCAUUAUUCAUUUCGUAUCGACUAUCGCUACAUCCAAGUCAUGUUUGUACGAAGAACGCAACCAUGACAAUACAUACAAGACCAGACUACGAGACCUAUGUAACUACAGUGAAGAGUGCGACAGGGGGAUGUAAUAUCCAUGACGCUGUUUACUGCUGUAUUGGAAAACGUCUUAAAGCUUCUGGAUUGGAGCAAAUUUGGCAUCAAUGUUAAUAACUGGUACGUUUUCUAACCUUUGAUUUGUAUGCCAAUGAUAUAGUCGUUAUGGCAGACACUGUAAGAUCUCAAUACAAUGCUUAACAACCACAGCAGACCCUCUUAACAGGAGGGCCUUAAAAUGAACAUAAGUAGGACGAAAAUCAUAUCUAACGCUCAUGUAUCCUCACGGCUCCAUUCUGUAAUCACUAAGAACUGCAUUCUAAAUUAUCGACAAGACGACUCGAUAUCUAGAAGAGAUAGUCCACUUGGAAAAACAGGUAUCACUGAAUCGAAGAACUUGGUUUGUCCCAAGACAUGGAUCUUGGU